GACCCAUGCUGCAACAAUGUUGGCGGGUCAGCCAUUGCAUACAUGAUCCGGAGCGUGUACUCCAAAUGUCUUGCAACUGCUGCAAAAGCACACAUAUCUGCCAAAUAAUAUGUAAUGCAGUGAUUAGAAAUUUCAUAUGUAAUGCAACUUUAGAGUGAUAAGAAAUAUAAAUAAAAUCAACCUUUCGUUUGAGUCAGAUGUCGUUGUGCAAUGGAUUUAGGCAGACCCUCCCAGAUGUAUGUGUUAGGUAUUGGUCCGGUUCUUUCCCUAAGCCCGGUUCAUUUGAGAUUAUCCUUGGCCCAUGUCUUUAUUCUUUCUUCCGCACCGCUUUCCUUGUGCGUCAUUCUCUUCUGCUUCGUGUGAGCCUUCGGUUUCAACCUUUAUGGUAAGUUACCAUUUUUGAGUUUUGAGCUUAGCCUAUUUAAUCUCUCUUGUCCGCUUCAAUUAGGGUGUGCCGAAACCCUUGCUUCUCUGAUUUCCGCCUCUCUGUGGGUGCUCGGUUGAACUGGCCGGAAAUAGCCUGCUGGCUGAUGCCCUCUCUCCCCUUGUUGAUCCUAGUGUGUGAAAUUCAUCCUUUAUGGAUGAAAGUGGUUGAGACCUGAGCUGGAUUCUUCUCCUUACAGUGGUAUCAGAGUCAUUGGAGGUUUGUCGCCGCCACGCCGUCGCCUACCGUCGCCUCGCCGCCGUCUGGAGUCGCCUGCCACCGGUCCAGAAGAGUUCAAGCGCCGUCCAGAGCUUCUGCCGCCUCAGGAAAGCUGCUGCCAGCCUCGGUCCUGCUGCUGCCGCCUUCCAGGGAGUGCUGCCGCCGUCCAGUCCGCUGCUGCCGUGCUCUACAGCAGCCCACGCUGCCUACGGUAAGUCGGGUAACCCAACCUCGGGUCCCGCUCAGGUAAAUUGGCGAUAACCACCCUUGGUGUACCGGAGUGUCACCGGAUUUAUUUCCCCCCGCUCCGCCGCUGUAGACCUGCGUGGUCUUGGAUGCCGGCUGUGCCCGGCCCCAGGUACGUUUACUAAUCCUUUGUGUGAUUAUUUAUUCGUAGUUCAUUCUUUUUAAGUUCAAGUUUAAAUUGCAAUAACUUGUUUGUUUAAAUUGUGAUUACUUGUUGGUUUGUGAUUAAUUUUUUUCGGUGAAGAAUAUUUUGUUUGGAUACUCGUUGUCCAAAAUUGUGAAUAUUUCUUCCGGUUUAAAUUUAAUCACGUGUUGGAUUUUUUAUUUUGAUUUUUUCUGUUGAUUGAUUCGUGGAUAAACUCUCCGGUUAAGAAUAUUUGUUUGGAUACUUGUUGUCCGAAAUUGGGAAUAUUUCUGUCCGGACUAGUUUUAAAUCCCGUUUCUUUGUUUGUUGAUUUGCGUCAUAACUUGUUUUCUGUCGCUGCUUUUGAGGGUAGUGGGCUUGAGGGUAAAUGGGGAAAUGGGUGCAUGAAAGUUUUGAAAAAUUCCCUUGUUUUGUUUAAGGCAAAAAGGUCAAUAAUUUGUAUGUGUGCCAUGCUCAGCCUUUCUGUGAUUCUGCUCAUGUUGUUAGUUCUGAUAAAACUGCUUUGUGGCAUAAUAGAUUAGGACACAUGAGUAAUAAGGGUUUAGAGAUUUUGCAUAAAUCUGGUUGUUUUGGUAAGGAUUAUGUGUCCUCCAUCCCUUUCUGUGAAUCUUGUGUGUUAGGCAAGCAGCAUAAGGUUACAUUCCCCUCUUCCCCUUAUCCUAAUCCCACUAAGUGUACCUCUGUGUUAGAGUAUGUUCAUGCAUAUGUGUGGGGUCCUGCUAGUGUCUCUACCCACGGGGGUAAGAGAUAUUUUCUGUCCAUUAUCGAUGAUUUUUCUAGGAAGGUGUGGGUCCGUCUUCUUGAGCAUAAGUCCGAUGUCUUUGUGAAAUUUAGGGAGUGGAAAACCCUUGUAGAAAAUCAAACCGGUAAGAUGGUCAAAACCCUUAGGACCGAUAAUGGAUUAGAGUUUUGCAAUAAGGAUAUGGACCAACUCUGUGUUGAUUGUGGGAUUAGAAGGCACAAAACUGUGCCCUAUACUCCCCAACAAAAUGGGAUAGCCGAGAGAAUGAAUAGGACUGUUCUAGAUAAGGUUAGGAGUAUGCUUGCUACCUCCGGUUUGUCUAAAAAGUUUUGGGGUGAAGCGGUCAAUACUGCUGUCUACUUGAUUAACCGGUCUCCUUCUGUUCCCUUGAGUGGGAAAUGCCCUGAAUUUGUUUUUUCAAACAAGCCCCUUGAUUUGUCUAAUCUUAUAGUGUUUGGGUGUGCUGCGUAUGUGCAUCAACAAGGUGACAAAUUGGAUACUAGGUCUAAGAAAGGAAUCUUCUUAGGUUAUCCUCAAGGUGUGAAGGGGUACAGGGUUUGGGAUAGAAACCAGGUAGGUUUCAAGGUUGUGGUAAGUAGAAACGUUGUUUUCAAUGAAUCCGAGUUCCCUUGUCUGGUUAAGUCAGUUCCUGAUUCUGAGUCAAGCCCUAGUAGUACAUCAUGAUUCUUCUGAAUUGCAUGAUUUUUCUGAAUUGCAUGAUUCUUCUGAGCAUGAUAAUACCACCACUUCGAGUGAGGUGGAUCAUUCUCAUGUGCAUUCAAAUGACAAUGAAUCGCAUGAUGAGAGUGCUGAUUCUAGUGAUAAUGAUUUGCAUGAUUACCAACUUGUUAGAGAUAGAAGUAGGAGAAAAAUUAGGAGAACUGCUGAUAGCAUGCCUGAUUUUGCUUUCCAUGCGUGUGAUACUUUUAUGUUUGCUUUCUCUGUGUUUGAGACCCUUGAGCUUAACGAACCUAAAACCUAUAGGGAGGCCCUUAAGUCUAAUGAGUCCGCUAAAUGGAUUUGUGCCAUGGAGAGUGAGAUGGAGUCACUUAGAGCGAAUAAGACUUGGACGUUAGUUCCUAGACCGCCCAAUAGUUCCGUAGUUGAGUGUAAGUGGCUAUUUAAGGUUAAGGAAGAGCCUAACGACAUUAGAUAUAAGGCUAGGUUAGUAGCUAAGGAUUUUACUCAAAAAGAAGGUGUUGAUUAUGCUGAAAUCUUUGCUCCUGUUGUUAAAUUCACUACGAUUAGAAUGAUGCUUGCUCUUGUUGCUCAUAAUGAUUGGGAAAUGAAGCAAAUGGACGUCAUCACUGCUUUCUUGCAUGGUGAUUUAGACAAAAAAAUCUAUAUGACCCAGCCUGAGGGCUUUGUGGAUCCCAUGAAGAGUAAUCAUGUGUGUUUGCUUAGGAAGGCCUUGUACGGCCUGAAGCAGUCCCCGAGGCAGUGGAAUAUCAAAUUUGACCAGUGCAUGUCAUCUUUGAAAUUUCACAAGUCCGAGUGCGACCAUUGCCUAUACUUUAAAAAUACUUCUUCUGUGCCUGUAUUUUUAUUGCUUUAUGUGGAUGACAUGUUGAUUGUUAGUCCUUCGGGUGACGCCAUUAAAGGUGUGCAAAAGCGUCUCAGUGAGAACUUUGCAAUGAAAGACCUAGGUGAUGCCAAGAGGAUCCUAGGCAUUAACAUUGUUAGGGAUAGGAGUAAGCGUGUGUUAGUACUCAAUCAAAUUUCAUACAUUGAAAAGAUUUUGAGUAAAUAUAACAUGCAAUUCUGCUACUACCGUCUCUAUUCCUAUGGCGUCCCACUUUGUGUUAAGUAAGGAUCAGUCCCCCAAGACUGCUUCUGAAAUUGCUAAAAUGAAAUAUGUGCCUUAUUCCAAUGCUAUUGGGUCUGUGAUGUACCUCAUGGUGAGUACUAGACCCGACAUUGCCUAUGCUGUUAGUUGUUUGAGUAGGUAUAUGUCUAAUCCUGGUUUGCCUCAUUGGAAUGCUCUUAAGUGGUUGCUUAUGUACUUGAAAUCUACUGUUAAUCAUGGGUUGGUUUUCACUAGGUGUUCUGAGGGUGUUAAGUUGAGUGGGUAUGUGGACUCGAAUUUUGCUAACGAUAGAGACAAUAGGAAAUCCACUACCUCUUAUGUGUUUACCCUUUGCGGGUCUUGCAUUAGUUGGAAGUCUCAACUUCAACCCAUAUUUGCCCUUUCCACUACUGAGUCUGAGUAUGUGGCCGCUACCGAAGCUUUCAAGGAAGCCAUUUGGCUUAAACGUCUCCUAACGGAGAUUGGUAGUCUUAAUCAGGAUAUUUGUGUGUUUUCUGAUAGUCAAUCUGCUAUUCAACUGUGCAAAAACCCUGUUUUUCAUGAUAGAACUAAGUAUAUUGAUGUUAGAUUUCAUUUUAUACGUGAUAUUGUUAGUGCAGGUGAUAUCAAGUUGAUUAAAAUUCCAUCUGAAUUUAAUCCUGUUGACAUGGGGACUAAAUGUCUCUCUGUCGAAAAGUUGUUGUCGUGCAAGCGCACGUUAAACAUUGAUUGCGGUUAAGUUGCCUGGUGAUCUUACCCCUUUGCCUGAAUGUGUCUUUGUGAUCAUUCGGGCAAUCCAGCGAUGAUGAGUCUCAAAUUUGUGUUAGAGUUUUGACUCUUAAACCACUAUGGUCCAAUAAGGUGGACAAUGUGUUAGGUAUUGUUCCGGUUCUUUCCCUAAGCCCAGUUCAUUUGAGAUUAUCCUUGGCCCAUGUCUUUAUUCUUUCUUCCGCACCGCUUUCCUUGUGCGUCAUUCUCUUCUGCUUCGUGUGAGCCUUCGGUUUCAACCUGUAUGGUAAGUUACCAUUUUUGAGUUUUGAGCUUAGCCUAUUUAAUCUCUCUUGUCCGCUGCAAUUAGGGUGUGCCGAAACCCUUGCUUCUCUGAUUUCCGCCUCUCUGUGGGUGUUCGAUUGAACUGGCCGGAAAUAGCUUGCUGGCUGACGCCCCUCUCCCCUUGUUGAUCCUAGUGUGUGAAAUUCAUCCUUUGUGGAUGAAAGUGGUUGAGACCUGAGCUGGAUUCUUCUCCUUACGGUAUGUGUGGGGCGCCAUCUUCAAUUAAAGGCAGACCUAAAAAACGCCACACCUUGGGGGGUAUAAGUGUAACAUAAUUGAAAGUGGUGUGUGUUUGCUAUCGAGGGCGUGUGACUAGAUUUUCUCUCAGAAACAAGGCUAUAGAUGACAUGAGAUUCAGUACCACUGAAGUAUUCUACGUUAGACAAUUAGUUCGUAUGAACAUAAUUGAUGUUGAUGAGGAAUCUGGUUGACUAACAAUGUCCUGGCAGCAAUCAUUAUUAUGCGUUACAACUAACGUUUCAUUUAUUCAAGGGCGUUUCCUUUCAGAAAUACAUGAAUGUCAAGCUUCUGGCAUGGGACUCCCCAAAUCUUGGAAUGAGAUGGGCUGAGAAGUUUGCUAUUGGUAGCAUUCUACUGGGAAAAGUUUAUGAAAUAAAGGAGUUUGGUGCUGUACUCAAAUUUAAGAACCAUGGACUUCAUGGUGAUGUUGCUAGAUUUAUUUCAGAAUACCAGUGGUGUGGAACCAAUGUGGAUCUGGACUUUACUAUUCAGGCUACUGUAAUUGAUGUCUCCAAGAUAGAGUACCUCUUUGAUAUCAGAAAUUGUUCGUAAGCAAGCAGUUGCUGUUUUCUGUAAUGCAGCACGUUGUGCUUUAUCCUCCCCAGAUUAUGAAGGAAUCAAGCUCACUACGAAGAAUCUUAGAAACACAUCUGUCCUUUUGAAAAGAUAUACGUGGGGGAGGUUAGCGGAUGAAUACAGAAAUUGUCAUUUCAACUGUUCCAUCGGCUUGUAUAAAAGCUUCAAAUUGAUUUACCCGGCCGGGUAUGUGAAAGAAUUUUGUUCUGGUUACGAUACCCGCCUUGGUAUCUACCCGGGCAUGUUAUUCUAAGGUGUUACCCGGCAGGGUAUAACGGGUGAUCCGACCGGGUAUGCGAGAAAUUUAAUUAAGGGCUUAGUUUUUGGGCAUGCGGCUCUAAUCAUUGUUUAGGUUUUCUUAAACCUAUUUAAUCACAUCUUAUGUACGUGUAAACCCUGACGCCGACAUAAUAAUAAGGGUUUUUUACAAGAAUAUUACUAAAAUAAAGGGUUUUUUACAUAUUUAUGUAAAAAAUGAUCAAAUUAUAUUUUUGGUCAUAUUUAUGUAAUUAUUUCAUUUAAAAAUGAUCAAAUUAUAUUUUAGGCAACAUGAAUAAUUACAUAAUAAUGACCAAAAUAAAGAUGAUUUACAAAAAAGAAAUUAUAUUAAAUGGGACUAAAACAUGGUUAAAACUCUAAAAUAGGACUUCAAGUUUUAAAUUGCCUAAAUAGGACUAAAGAUUACAUUUUUACCCCUCAUUAACCUAACCCUCUGCAAUCGAUCGCCAAUUUCAUCUUCCUCUAAGCCAUUCAUCUUCCGCGAUUCUUUACUCCACCAUGGCCGCACUCCGCCAUCGAUCGUAGCCUCAUAACACCAUAGCUCUGCCGUCGACGACCUCUGCUGCAAUAGCCAAGACAGGUAUGUACUCUUCUUCUUCUUCUUCCUCCCCCUCCUCCCCCUCCUCCUCUUCUUCUUCUUCUUCCUAGUUUUCUGCUUUUUUUAUUAGUUUUUUAUCAAUCAAAUUUUAAAUAAAAUUUUGAAUUUUGAAAGUUCCAAAUGAAGAUAUAUCUGAACAUGAAUUUUUUGUUAUCAAUUUUGAUUAAUUUGAUUCUCAAAAUGCUCUGACUAAUGAUUCCAGAAAAUGCCACUUUUGAAUAGUAGAAUGUCAUUAUUAAUGGGUAUUUUUAAAAAAUGUCACUUUUAUGUCAUUACGGUAUUUGAAAAUGUCAUAUUGAGAAUGCCAUUUCUCUAUACGAAAUUGUCAUUAUUGUGUCAUUAUGCAUAUUAAGUGGCAUUCUCGCAUAUGAAGUGUCAUUCCUCAUGGAGGUAUGCAUUAACUCAAUUCAGAGCAAAUCUUUGUUGGAGAGUGAUGGCAGCGUACUAGCUGAGUGCUGGCGGUGGUGGCAGACUUCAUGGAUGGUGGCAGAGGUGCCAAUGGUGGAGGCGUCGACUCCAAACAUGCGCAUACGCACACCUGCGCAACAAGGGGAAGGGGAAACCUGCGCAGAAAGGGGAAGGGGAAACAUGCGCAACAGAGACUUGGUGUGCUUAAUUUUUUCAUUAGGGGUAUUUUCGUCAGUUUAGCUCUUUUUAGUCCUAUUUUUGUCCAAUAAAACAUAGUAGUCCUGUUUUUACAAUUAUACAUUCUUUUAGUCUUAUUUAGGAAAAUCUCUCUUUACAAAAAUAUGACUAGUGACUAGAGUAGUAAUGAAAUCAUAGUAAUUCAUGUUCAAGUUUUGAGUUUAAGUUAUCACAACACCACAUUAUAGUAAUGAAUAGUCAUAUUUAUUAAAUAUGUUUUGUUUUAGUAAUAUUCUUGUAAAAAACCCCUUUUAAAUAUAUUCAUGGCUUGCAAAAAGCAAUAAUACACUAAAGUAAGGGAAAAUAAUAAAAAUAUUACUUUGAUACUUUUGGAAGAAAAAUAUAACUAGUUUUUUUUUUUAAAUUGUAACUAAUCUUUAUUUAGUUAAAACAAUAGUGUUUGUGGUUGCUGCUUGAAAUCGUAGUCGCCUGCGACAACUAAAACAUGAAUAAAAUUCAUAAAUAGGAUUGUCAAUGUUUUAUUCUCAAAAUAAGACUCAUUCACUCCUAUUUUAAGAAUUUUUAAUCAAAUUAUUCGUUUAAUAGAACCACAUAAGUCCUAUUUACGGAAUAAAAUAUAUUUAGUCCUAUUUUUGAAUUUUAUGUAUGUUUUAGUCCUGCAUUGAGCAAUUUGUAAUCAUAUGUAUUGACUGAUUCUGCUGAAAUUUAUGAAGUUCUCGGUGAAGUGGUUGGAUUGGAAGAUUUUACUAAUUUAUGAAAAAAUUAUAUUUAAACCAUACUCCGUAUUAUAUUAAUAAAAUAAAGAAAAAUUAUAUGAAAAAUAGCUAAAAUGAUCCGCUACAGUAACAUCAGCUGAUAGAGCCAGGAAAUAACUCCAAUCUUACUUUUUCUUAUUACUACCUCCGUCCCCCUAUGUUUGGAACAAAGAGGUGUAGUGGGAUUUUUAAGAAAAAAUAGAAAUGUGUGAUUGGUAUUAAAUUGAUACAGUGUGAAAGAAGUAAGAAUGAAUUGUAGCCACCCAAAUAUUACCAAAUAUGGUAUGAGACAAACUUAAUGGGACGGACGAAAAAGGUAAAACGGGACAAAGUUAGGGGGACGGAGGGAGUAUUACUUUAUAAAAAAAUGUCAGAUUGUCCACAUUUGGUAAAUUCCACUUUUGGUCCCAUGACUAUUAUACCAUUUCCACAUUUAGUCCCUUACUUUCAGAUUGUCCACAUUUAGUUCGUGACCAUUAUCCCCUCACCACACCUCGUCCUUCCGACCAAAAUUCCGACAAAUUUAGUCCACUUCUCAGCCUUAAAAUCAGUCUUUGCAUUAAAUUUUGUAUCAGGUUGGGUUUUUCAUAGUAGUCUUUGCAUUAAAUUUGGUUUUUCAUACCUAAAAUCUGCAUUAAAUUUGCCGGAAUUUUGGUCGGAAGGACGACGGGUGGUGAGGGGAUAAUGGUCACGGACUAAAUGUGGACAAUCUGAAAGUAAGGGA